GAAACAUUUCCAGUCAUUUGCUUUUGUCGGGUAAUUUUUUUUUUUAUAGAACCGAGAUUAACACAAUUUCUAUAAUCAGCAACCAAGUACUAUGUCCAUGCGCCGAGCAAGUCACGCAGGAACCUGGUAUUCUGAUAAUGCCCGAACACUUAAUCAGAAGUUAGAGGAAUGGUUAUCUAAAGCUCACCCUUCGUGUCGACCAGCCAAAGCUAUCAUAGCACCACAUGCGGGUUAUCAGUACUGUGGAUCUUGUGGAGCUCAUGCCUACAGACAGAUCGAUCCAAGUAAAAUAAAGAGGAUAUUUAUCCUGGGUCCAUCUCAUCAUAUGUACCUGCCUGGCUGUGCAGUAACAAGUUUAUCACAGUAUGAAACUCCAUUGUACAAUCUUUCAAUUGACACAGAGGUAAAUAGAGAACUAUUGGCAACAGGAGAGUUUGAGAAGCUUAGUCAAGCUGAUGAUGAAAGAGAACACAGUAUCGAGCUUCAUUUGCCUUAUAUUGCCAAAGUUAUGGAGAGUAAGAAGGACCAAUUUAAGAUUGUUCCAAUUGUGGUUGGUUCAUUAUCAACAAGGAGUGAAGUCACAUAUGGCCGGCUUCUUAGCAAGUAUCUGGUCAGACCAGAGAAUUUGUUUAUCAUCUCUUCAGACUUCUGUCACUGGGGAUCUCGAUUUAGUUACACAGUUUAUGACAAAAGUUGUGGUCCCAUUUAUAAAUCUAUUGAAGCUCUAGAUAGAAAGGGUAUGGAUGCCAUAGAAAAGCUUGACCCUGCCUGUUUUGCAGAAUAUUUGAAGAAUUCCAAAAACACAAUAUGUGGUAGACACCCCAUAGGUGUCCUACUCAAUGCAGUAGAGGUCAUGAAACAAAUGAAUGGUGUAACCCAUCCAUGGGCAUUGGAAUUCAUUCACUACUCACAGUCUAAUGCAUGUUUUCGCAUGGAUGAGAGUUCUGUCAGCUACGCUGCUGGUGUGCUGCAUCAAAAAGCACAUUGACAUUAGUGACAAGAGUACAGUGAAAAAUCUAGCUUCUUUGUAAAAUAUUCCUUUUAUUUUUCUCCUUAAUCUAGAAAGCUUUCUCUUUUACAGCAGUUUCUUGCUCAGAACAGGCAAUGAUAUCAGUGUUCAGGACAAGCAAAUAUAUCAGUGUUCAGGAGGAAGAUGUUGUGACAUUCUUUGGUACUCUAAUAAGAGCCCUUUCUUUGCCGAGGCCUGGUCUUGAAAUGUUUUAGCAUCAAACUUUCCCAGCUCUUAUUUCUAUUGUUAAGAGCCCAGGAGUGGGUGAACAAACAAGUAUCUUGUUCACGCCAUUAUGUAUAAUAUCUGUUACAAUAGUAACUCAUGUCUGGAGCUUCAUAUUUAGCUUCCUGAGUAAAGUAGACUGAAUCCAGUGCUAUCAGGGUUUUACAGUGAUUUUUUGUUGAGUGAGGCACUGCGGAAGUUUGGCAGGCAUGUUUUGAUGUUAAAAUCUUGUUGUUCAUAUGAGUGACUAGCUUGGUUUCCAGUGGCAACCAUGACUUUUUUUGGUGGUCUUCCAAUUUUAAAGAUCGAUGACAAAGGACUUUUGAGAUUCUGUUACCACUCAGAAGGAGAAAGGUUGCCUGUGACAACACCCUUAUUUUAUGGUCAAAACUUUUUCUAUGCCUCAACUGAUAAUUGUAGUACCAACUGUUGGUGCCAAAAUGUCACAUAUUCCAAUUCCUGAACAUGAUCAAGACUGUGAAGAACUGCAUUUGCUGCAUUUCCCGUUUUCAUAUAUAGUUCCUUAAAUAAGCAAAAUUAUUUUUUCUCGGCUUCCUUGUUUAUAUCUUACUGUGCUCUUCUGCUUUGACCAAAUGUUGUAAAAGGUUGUUGAAAAAGUUAAUUGAAAGAAUUGAAAGAGCUAUAGGGAAAAAAGUUAUUUUCUUGACCAUUAUCAAAGAAAUUUUUGCACUACUGACUUCUUGGAAGUCUUAGUAUUUUUGCAACUUUGCUAUACUUGAUUUUUGGUCAUUUUUGGGUACCUAAUAUUUUCCUUGGUUUCCAGAAUACUGCUCAGUUCUUUGUUGUCAAGACAGCAUCCCAUUGGAUUUCACAACUGAUUAGAGUGUAGUGGUUAGAACUGGUUCCUAAUGCGUGAUCUUAUUGAUAUGGCCAACAUUUUUCAAUAAAACCAGCUCUGACGAAGGGAUAACAUUAAAAAUGUCAGCUUUAGAUAAUCUUUACAGUGGCUAAUUUACAUUAUCAAAUCAGUUGACAAAGCCAAAUUAUCUCAUAAUAAGACUGGAUUGAGGAGAUGACUGACACAGGAUAAUAAAUAACUUUCAAGUCAUUCUAGAAAGUACUCUGCUUUAUGCAAUUCACCUCAGGUAAAAGAAGGAAAUAUGUGGUGCACAAUAAUGGCUGAAAAUCAACCAAGAUUUUGCUUAAAGAGAAUUUGUUUGGGUAUUUAUGCACAUGGAAAUAAAGAGCUUCAGAGUUA